UAUUUCAACCCCAAGCGCGUGCCGUAUGUCCCCAACCACUUGCUGGACUUCGUGACGCGGCCGCUCGAAGCCGGGCGCGGCCAUGUGCUCAAGUGUUUCAUUGAGCGGAAUCGCGUGGGCCAAAACCGCCUCUCGCCCGUGUACACGCUCUUGGUCGAAGUCAACAGUUCGAGCGGCCGGCCCAUCUUGUACUGUCGCCAAAAAGCAACGAGCCAAUUCUCGUCGCACUUUGUGUUCAGCCUCAACAAGGAAGAUCUCUUUUUGUCGCGUUCAAUGCGCAGCAAGCAGUUUCUCGGGAAGCUUCGGUCGGACACGCGCAAGAUGGAGUACGCGCUCUUCGACCAAGGCGACAACCCGGAGGACAUUGACUCGGACUGCGAGAUUGACGACGAGAUUCGCCAGCACAUCCGCGCGCAAUUGUGCAUCAUUCGCUACCACAACAUGAAAAAGGACCAUCCGCGCAAGAUGGAGGUCAUCAUUCCGUCCAUCAACGAGACCGGCACGGGGUACCUGGAGUGGCGCCCCAUCACGCGCGACCAAGCCAUGGAAACCCUCUUUAGCGAGAUUUCCGAAAAGGCACGUCGCAUUGCCGACAAGUUUAUCUGCAUGCACAAGCGCGAGACGCAGUACGACCCGCUUUCGUCGUGCAUUGUCGACUUUCGCAGCCGUGCGACAUGUGUCUCGGUCAAGAACUUUCAAAUGGUGCACUCGCAGCCGCUCGACCAAGACCGGUACCGCGAGGCGUAUAUUGCCGCGCACCCCGGGUACCACUACGACGACGAAGGCACGGUGAGCGUGCCCCAAGAGCACGUGCUCCUGCAGAUGGGCCGUGUCGGCCAAAACUGCUUCAACAUGGACUUCCAAUACCCGCUCUCGAUGCUCCAAGCGUUUGCGAUCUGCAUUUCCCGCUUUGAUUCCAAGCAGAAAUAA